AUGCGCGCCACUCCUCUCACACAUGCAAUAGUCAGUCGGUUUGGCUUGUCUGAUCGCCUUGGAGACCAGGUUAUCUCCGAACCACAACUGGCCAGUAGUCAGAUCGGGCCGAGCACCCGAGACGCAAUUGACGCAGAGGUGGCUGGUUUACUGUCUGCUUCACUAGAGCGAACUCGUGCUCUGCUUACCCCACACGCCUAUCAGCACCGCCGAUUAGCAGAAGCUCUGCUUCACUAUAAAACCUUGAAUCACGAUGAUGUCGAUGCAGUGAUUGAGGGUCGGCUUAAAGCACCUACGUCACAGUUGCCAGCAGUCUCCAUCUAA